CCUGUGAACAUGGAGAGUCAAGUCAGUCACCAUCAAGCCUCAUUGCAACUACCAUCACUACUCGGGUCGACGACAUGCCUGUCGUCCAGUUUGCGCCCUUUGCGUCCCUUGUUCAGCCAGGUUUUUGGCAUGAGCUCACUCGCAUGAAGAUAGAUGUCCUUCGUCUUUCAGAAGACGCUAUUACCGUGAAUGGAUCAUAUUCCGUCGGUCGAUCAAUCAGAGAUCGCGAAACAGGGCAAGAUAUCGCUCUUGGAUGUAACCUCACAGUAGGGGAAGAUGCUUACCAGAAGGCACCUCAGGUGUCACCCAUGUCCGUCCAUACCACUGGCAUCUUCAAGAACUUCAAUACUAUCGAGGACUUUAAGGCUGCAGAUAAGGCUGCACUCAUUAAUGACGUCGUUUCCAAGAUCUGGGACAGCAUCAUAACAACCAAAGACACGUCUCUCCUCACGCAGUUCUUACUAAUAACAUUCGCUGAUCUAAAGAAGUAUCAGUACUUUUACUGGUUCGCCUUCCCCGCGUUCGUGUCCAAACCAGCUUGGCAGAUUUCAGAAAAUGGCUGGAAGCCAGCGGAUGAAGAGAUCCAGGGGUUGGAAUCUAUCUACGACUCACUCCUCAAGACAACUCAAUCAUUCUUUCUCGUGAAGGAGAUUGGUGGUAUAACCGAAGUAGGGUCGAUAGAACAAUAUGAAGAGUUCUUUGCUGGUGUUGCUCCCGAGAACCGAGUAAUCGGCUUUUUAGAUCCAUCUGCUCUUCCUGAAAACCCAGGUUGGCCUCUUCGGAACCUCCUCGCCUUCCUUCGUGCGGUGUAUCCAUCGCAAACAUCUUCUGUCCGAGCUCUCUGCUGGAGAGAUAGCGAAAGACCCACUGCUGGAAAACCAUGGAGGAGCCGGUUUGGAGUGGUCUCCAUCGGAGAAGGAGAUCCAACCGCGAAACCUAGUGCUAUAGGAUGGGAGCGCCAUCCGACAACCAACAAGCUCAGUGCUCGAGUCGCUGAUCUGGCACCCAUGAUGGAUCCGAAGAGGCUCGCUGACCAAGCUGUGGACCUGAACUUGAAGUUGAUGCGCUGGCGCAUUUUACCUUCGCUAGACCUCGAUAAAGUAGCAUCGACAAGAUGCCUACUUCUCGGUGCAGGGACACUUGGCUGCUACGUUGCACGUACUCUCAUGGGAUGGGGUGUCCGUACAAUUACUUUUGUUGAUUCCGCGCGUGUAUCAUUUUCGAAUCCCGUCCGCCAACCGUUGUUUGAAUUCGAGGAUUGUCUCAACGGCGGUAAACCCAAGGCUGCUUGCGCCGCCCAGCGCUUGACGAAAAUAUUCCCCGGUAUUAAUGCAACAGGCCAUGAUAUAUCGAUACCCAUGCCAGGCCACCCUAUACCUCCGGCGUCCACUGAGCAAGCGAAGAAAGACGUCAGGCAUCUAGAGAUGCUGUUCGACGAACACGAUGUUGUAUUCCUCUUAAUGGAUUCUAGAGAAAGCCGCUGGCUGCCCACUGUUUUGGGCGCUGCCAAGGGCAAGAUAGUCCUUAACGCUGCUCUUGGGUUUGACACGUACCUUGUCAUGCGUCAUGGCGCUCGAGCGUCUUCGACGACGGGCAAUCGACUGGGUUGUUAUUACUGCAACGAUAUCGUCGCUCCUGCUGAUUCCUUGACGGAUCGCACUUUGGAUCAAAUGUGUACCGUGACAAGACCCGGCCUUGCCUCGAUCGCAGCUUCUACGGCGGUCGAACUCCUCGUCUCUUUGCUACAACAUCCCGAUGGGCUUCAUGCACCCCCGCCCCCUCUUCAAGCCAAUGGCGCUGCUGCAGACCCUAGCACGUCGGACAGUGUUCUGGGUCUUGUCCCGCAUCAAUUGCGUGGAUUCUUGGCACAGUUCAGAAACCUCCCGAUCAUAGGUGCAGCGUACGACAAGUGCACGGGUUGCAGUGAGACAGUUCUCAAGGCCUACGAGGAACAAGGCUUCAAUAUGCUCUUGAAGGCAUUUAACGAGCCCAGAUUCCUUGAAAAGUUGACUGGACUGGACAAGCUCUACAGCGAAGGUGAUGCAAUAGCGGAGAGUGUGGACUGGGACGAGGAGGAUGAGGAGGACGAUUAGAUUCUAAUGUUCCAUGUAACAAACUAGUUUUCUGUAAUUC